AAUGUGACAGUUUUCUCUCGGGUGACAGACAGUUUUGAACAUUUUCAUGAGCGAUAGUAAAUAAGUCAAUACAAAAUUAUCAGUUAUUUUCGGAAGAAAUUUGGAAUGGAAAACGAUGAGAGAGACGACGAACAACCUUCCACAAGUAAAAAAGAAAGUCAGAGGAAUAAUUCAACCGGUGACAUGUACGUUGAUAGCCACGAUGAUGAUGCGGCCCAUAGCGAAAUGUCCAUGCCAUCCUCGGCCACUUAUUCGUUUAUAAGCAAAUUAGACAUGGCUGCUACCGGACCCGACUUACCAAAAUCACCAUUGCCAAAAACAGACAAUAAAAUCCACCAAAAAAGAAAGAGAGAAAAGACUAAGCGAAUAGUAGGUCGAGUUGAGAAAAAAAGGCGACCUUUAACAAAACGUCAGGCAAUAAGGAAGGCACCCAAACGGAAACAAAAACCCAACGAAGAAAAGAAAGAAAGAGUGUCUAUGUCAACAAUAUUCACAAGAUUAUCAUCCAAUUCUCAAACACCACGCUGUGAAUACUGUGGCCAUAGAUGUUGUCGAAGAAGGUAGACGUGAACAAAACUAUUGGCUUAUUAGCUGUUUUGUUGCCUUUUGUAAUAAACUAUUUCUAUUGGA